AUGAAAUACUCUACUGUAUUACUCUUGCUUCAGUUGUGCGGUUUUACGGAAGCCAACAUGGUCAACAAUGAUGUACUUAAGAUUGCAACGACUGCGUGUUCUCUUCCCCGCGGUGGAUGGUUAGGAAAGCAAGGUUCGGAAGAAUACCGCAAAACCCUGGAACAAGAAGUACAUUUAUUGGGGCGACAGCUUCGCAAGGCACGUGAUGAAGUGGAAAUUCUGCGAGAGAGUCGGAAACGCAGAACUAGUGUGGUUGUCAUGCGAGAGGACGAUGAAUCAAAAGAAAAGGCUCUCAAGCUAGAACAGGAAAACAAGGAUCUUCAAGAACGAUUGAUGGAAUUAGAAAAGGAAAAAUCUGAACUAUUGAGUGCAUUGCAGUCAUCAAAAGAGCAGGUAGCUGCUUUGGACUCAACUUUGGCUUCGGAACUCAAGAAAUACGAUGAAACGGUUGAGGAUAUGGAAAAGAAAAUACAAAAACUCAAGGCCAGUGUUCGCAAAGAAGUAAAGAAAAUAACUUCGGAGCACGACAAAACUUUUGAAGCUAGAAUUGCCGAAGCAAUGCAAGAGGCCACGUCGAAGGCCGAGGAAGAGUUUGCUGCCAAAAUCAAGGAGAUUGAAGAAGACUUGCUGAAAGCAAAUGAAGAAGCACUAGCAAAUGAAAGGAUGAAAUCAGCAGAAGCCGUCGAUGUAGAAAGGAAAAAGAUGAGAAAGCUAGUGAAAGCGCUUGCACAACGAGAGAAAGAGAUCUCGAGGCAAAGUUGA